GAAGCAGCCGCUCAGGACGGACGGAUGAAACGGCCAGGGAUGUUCAAUACGCGCAAGAUUUACUCCACCUAAGGAGCGAACUGUUUUUAUUUCCCCUCGGUGUUGCACCGAAUUGGAACCACUGGCUUGAUUUGGCGCAGCUGUUACCCAUUUUUCCUCCAUGACAAAAGUUUGACUGUUAAAAAAUGAUGUUCUGCUCCGCUCCUGUUUUUUCAUGCAAUGCUGUGGAUUCCGGCGUCAGCGUAAGUGGCCAGUCCUCACUUGAGAAAUAGCUGCGAUUCUUUCGGUCUUAAUUUUCGGUGCCAGUUUCAGCAAACAGAGGGCUUUUAUUCUCGCACAUCAUCGCUCGCCCGGGAUUGCAUCCAUUUGAAUCAAUGUCGCACUCCAUAAUGGACUUCCUCGGACUGUACUUCUUACAGCUGGCUCUUAUUGGAGUCCCACGUAUGGCUCUCUCUGUUGGCGGGAGGGACUGCCUGCGAGCCGGAGACACCUGCUCCAGCGACGACACCUGUAGCCCGCGACUGCGCACCCUCAGGCAGUGUGUGGCAGGGGACGGCAGUGUGAAGCUGGGGCCGGGGGCACGAAACCAGUGUGAGAACGCCAUGACGGCGCUGCUGUCCACCCCUCUGCACGGCUGCCAAUGUAAACGAGGCAUGAAGAAGGAGAAGAACUGCCUGAGCAUCUAUUGGAGUCUGCACCAGUCUGUGCUGCACGGACUCAGCCUGGUGGAGAGCUACCCAUAUGAACCGGAGGAGAGGGGCUCCGACUACGUCCGUCUGGCCUCCAUUGCUGCAGAGUCUGAAGUAACGACGGUGAACCGCUGCCUGGAUGCUGCCAAGGCAUGUAACAUAGAUGAGACGUGUCAGAAGCUUCGUACGGAAUAUGUCUCGGCCUGCAUCCAGCCAUCAGCCCGCUCGGGGCCAUGUAACCGACCAAAGUGCAAUAAGGCGCUGAGGAAGUUCUUUGACCGCGUUCCCCCUGACUACACCCACGAGCUGCUGUUCUGUCCCUGCACCGACACGGCCUGCGCGGAGCGCCGGAGGCAAACCAUAGUGCCGUCCUGCUCCUACGAAGACAAGGACAAGCCCAACUGCCUGGCUCAGCUCCGGAUCUGCAAGGCAGACUACGUGUGCAGGUCUCGCUGGGCACAGUUCCAGUAUGAUUGCCAACCCUCUGAGCAGAGCGCCAGUGGCUGCAAGCAGGAGAACUACGGAGCAUGUCUACUUGCGUACACGGGCCUGAUAGGAAGCACAAUAACUCCCAACUACCUUGACAACUCCACAUCCAACGUGGGACCCUGGUGCUCCUGCGCAGCGAGCGGCAACCACAGGGAACAAUGCAACGACUUCCUCGCUUUUUUCCAUGACAAUGUCUGCCUGAAAAAUGCAAUCCUGGCCUUCGGGAACGGCACGGAUGUAAAAACGGGCGCCAGCCAACCCGGCAUACCCAGUCCAGCAGCGGACAACCAGAGCCCGUUCCUGGCAACCACCGCCCCGGGCGUCUCCAUGGAAACAGAGCAGAACAUUCUGCGAGCACAGAUACCUACUCAGGUAAACGAGAACGACAGAUUGUGGGGCGACGAGGGAGACUCCACUCUUCCGUCUCCGGGUCUGUCCGACCGCAGCGCCGAGCCCAUCGGCCCGUCCCUGCUUCUAGGCCUCGGCUGGCUGCUGCCCACCCUGCUGCUGCUCUCCGACUAGAAAGAGGCCUCAUGUGGCCUCCACGGACAAAACUCCAGCCCCGGGGGGGAGGGUGGGGGUGAGAGAGGGAAAGAGCCAUUUCUAUGUGUCAAAUGAUGGUUAGGGAAAGGGUCGACUCUGUCCCACCCUGCUCCCCUCUCCCUCUCUGUCACAAAAAUCACUUAAUCUCUUUUUGUGAAUCAUGACUCAGAGCAGAUGUGUUGUGCUGUGCAGCCCACGCCCUUGAGAAGACGACCACCAGAGAGGGCGCCGGUACUGCACCAUGGGGGGGGGGGGGGAGAGGGGGGGACAGGAAGUACACACUUCAUUUCUUGCUUCACGCCUGCUCAAACACAAACUGUUACAAACGACUCACACGCAGACUUUGCUCAUCCGAAAAUAACGUCCAAGCUACAGUGAGAAGGGUCAGUGGGUUCAGAAUGUGUACAGUGAAGAGACACUGAAGAUGCAGUGCAGCAAAACUAUAAAAUAUAUAUAUAUAUAAAAACCACAAAAAAAACAUUUUUUUGUCCUUGAACAUUCCUUGAUGUAAAAGAAAAAAUAUUAAAUGUUAAGACUUUUCUCUCAGACGAACUGUGAUGAAGUGUUACGUGAGAUUUAAGGUGGAUGUGUGUAUGUCCUUCCACAUGCAGCACUCUGCUCCUUCAGCUUCGCUCUUUGUUUCAAUGCCACAAUUUUAGUUUUGAUCAGACAUAGUUUUAUCGCUCAAAAUGCUACAGUUAAGCACAUUACAAUCAAGUCAAUCACAAUGAAAUUCUGACUGUUGUUGUGUUUUAAAUUGCAGGUAUGAAGAGUUCAUUUCCAAAUCCAAAAAAAUAUAUAAAUUAUAACUGAAAUUUAACUUAUAAAACAAGAUUAAGUUGAUUUCCCAAAGUCUGUAAAUGUGUUUUAUUUUGUAAAACAAGGAACUACAUUGCUUCUUAGCCUUUGACGUGUUGUAAUUUGUUUUAAUUUUAAAGCUAUAAAUCAUGUCACAGGAGUAGACGUCACCUUUUUUUUGCAAAUGGUGGAUACCUCACUUUGGAAGGGUACUCUUCAUAUAAUCACGCAUUAAGCUUUAAGUGUGAAGACCUGACAAAUGUUUGGGUUUGUUCCUCUUAAAAUGUAAAAAAAAAAAAAAAAAAAUUGGUUUUGGUGAAGCGACAAGAGAUGGAGACAAGUUUCUAUUUUUUAAAAUGUGUGUGGACUUUGCUGCAGAGAAAACAGAUACCUGUCGACAAGUUUGUGACCAAUCAUGCUUUGCUGUCGCAGGACUGUUGGCUGCCCGCCUGCUGGGACUCUCCCCUCAACGUGGGACAUCGGAGGAUUCACAAUAUGUACUGUAGAAGCACAGCUCUGCUUCGUAAAGUUCUAAAGGGUGAAAUGUAUGGUAAGAGAUCGAGGAACGUGUCAUCUUCAUUACUGCCAUUGAAGACUGCCACUCUGUUAUCUGAGGAAACACCAAUUAGUUUAUCAGCAUUGUUAAAUGACACAAUAUGUGCUGAUUUUAACACAAAGAGAAAAUGCGUGGCCCAGAGCUACAAGCAGACCUGAUGAAAAUGACACAUUCUAGUUCAUGUUGGACCUAACAAAGCUAACACACUAUAAGCUCAUAAUGUUGUCGUAACAGCACAAGACUUGUUGGAUUUUGCCUGCCAAGUUCUACAAGAAGGACAAAAAAACUGUUUAUACCUCCUCAGUGAUGCCCACGUAGAUCUGAAAUUAGGGUUUAAAGGACCUAAAGUGUUACUCAUACAACAAAAAAAAAAAAUGGCCGGGUCACCACACAAAAUUUUCUCACUCACCCCUAAUGGUAUCUAUGCAUGCAGAUGGUUCAGUUGUAUCUGCCCAGGUUUUGAGACAUCGCUCUGAAAUUGCUGUCACCAUACAAACACAUAAAAAAAGGUGAAUGACAUUUAAUUUGUCCUUUGCUCACAACAUUAAAAAGCUGUUUUCUUUGGGAUUGGUGUCGUGUUCGAACGGCAUUUUCCGUUCAGGCUUGCAUUACUUUAACAGAAUCAUGUGCUCAGUUACAAACAGCCUGAUUUUAUGCAGAAUCUCGUGAUUGUUUUGAGUUUCAGGUUAGAGAGAAGUCGAAAUGAGUGUAGUCACAAAAGCAUUUUUCCUGCAAUUUCUUGGCAUCAUUUCCAACAUACAGUACAAGGAAUUACAUGGAAUUAAGAGUUUUAUUAGCCUGUUUUCUAACUUGUUUAAAGGAGCAUAAAGUGUGUUUUUGGGUUGAAUUGUCAAGGACGAGAGAAGAAAGUCUCUACACACUGUCCACACUAAGCUCUGCAGAUUCUUGUGGAAGUUUAAAAGGCAGAUAUCUCAGAGCUUGGGCGAAUAAAAUCCAAUCUCUCUGCAUGGCUAGAUACAGUGCCGUGACACAUGAGAAUUUUUUUUUUGGGGGGGGGGAUUUGAGCGAACUAACCCUUUAAACUUUCAAAUAAAAAGAAGUCACCAAAACUGCAGUUAUGUGGUUUCCUGGUGAUCAGAGUGUCUGAGUGAUACCUCUGGUUUUCACAGGGCCUCUGUCUCUCCAGCUGAGGCCUGUCGUCCCGUUUUUGAUUUGUCCUGUGAUUUAUCAGUCCACUGGUUUCGCACCACGUCCUCUGGCGCCGUGAGAUGACUGACCAUACUGAUUCCUGCUGGUCUGCACCAGCAGAAUCCCAGAUGUGACAUGUGUCACUUCCUGCAAAUAAAGACGACAUUGUAAAUGGAGGUGAAUUCUGACCAGUUUUCUUGUGCAGAGGGGAGGGACGUUUUUUCACCUGUCUAGAAAUUUUUUUGUCCCCUGACAAGACGUGACCCCCCCCUCCCCCCGGCCGGACUCAUCUAAUUUCAGCAUCACCUCUCUGUAUUUCAGACGAAGUGCUCAACCUUUUCCUCCCUCUAGCAGAGCCCCUGGCGUUGAGUUGAAAAUCCAUUUUCCAUCACACACAGGGCGUGAUUUGUAAAGAUAUUAUAGUAUAUUGUAUAUACUACACAGUGUAUACCAUAUAUAUGAUGUCUAUAAAAUUCAUACCUUGGGUAAUGAUAAAAAGGAUUUUAUCCAAAGAUUUGCUUUUGAUAUGUCAGACAGAGAAAUUCACUGAG